AUGACAUCAAAUAACAUGCAUAGGUUGCAGACCAAUGACUUGGAGUUGGGUGCAACCGAAGCCGUUCAGCAGCAUUUGUCUCGAAAUGUCGUUGCUGGGAAGCCAGUAUCGCAAAGAAAGCUCGAUUUCGAGCACGCUCGACCACGUUGGCUCCGAGAGUGCAUGGCAGAAGCUACAGGAGUCUUCUUCUAUGUCUUUCCUGGAAUAGCAGCCAUCACUUCCUUCUACAUUAAUGCCGCCCAACCCAAUCCCACAGCCUUCGGCAGUAUCUUUCAAAUUGGCUGGGGCUUUGCAAUCGGUAUCGCUUUUGCUAUCAUCACCUGUGCCUCUACGUCGGGUGGUCACUUCAAUCCUGCCAUCACAAUUUGCUUCGCCGUCUGGCAGGGCUUCCCUUGGAAAAAGGUACCUUAUUAUAUAUUCUCUCAGAUCUUUGGAGCAUUCAUCGCAGGAAUGCUGCUUAUGGGCAUGUACUGGCCGGAGAUCCAAGAAUUCAAGGCAGCAACCUUGGCUGCCGGACGGCCGAUGGUUUACAAUGGAGGACCGGCAAGCAUUUUGUGCACAUUCCCAAAUCCCAAUCAGACAAAUCUCGGCUACCUCUUCAUGACCGAAUUCUUCGUCGACUCCUACAUCGGCAUCGUGAUCUGGGCCUGUCUCGACCCGGCGAAUCCCUUCGUCUCUCCCGCCGGCGCUCCCUUCGCUAUCGGUCUUGCAUACGCUACCAUGGUCUGGGGCUUCGCAGACAUCUCCAUCUCUACAAACCUCGCUCGUGAUCUUGGAACGAGAAUCGUGGCCGCUAUAUUCUUUGGUGGAGAGGCUUUUAGUUAUAUGAACUACAGCUGGAUCGCCAUUCUGGUCAAUGUGCCUGCGACGCUGUUCGCGACGGGGUACUAUGAGUUUUUGAUGCGGGAUAGUUUGAGUAAGAUUGGGAAGGGGCAUGCGGUGCAUGAAGAAGGGGAGGACGGAUUGCAGAGGCAUAUUACCAGGACUGGUAUGAUUGAGACUGGAGCCGCGAAUAUGUUGAGGGACAGGCAGGGGAAUGGGAGCUCGGAUGAGUAUGGGCUCAGCAAGCAGUCUGAUCAUAUUGAAUGA